GUCCUCGCGAGGCGGCCCCGCAGUACCCCGCCCGAGCCGCGUGCGCCCCGGGGCCGAGGGGGGCGGGGUGGGGCGGGGCGGGUUCCGCGGGCCUCCAGCUCGGGCCCACCUGAUGCUGCCCGGCUCCCGCCCGGGCUGGUUGCCGGUGAGGCGGGGCCGCCGCCCUGUCCUCCUAGUGGGUGGGGCCAGGCCUCUCACCUGGGCUGAACCCUUCGCCGGCCCCACCCUCUCCUGCCGCCACCCUCGAGUCGGGGCCUCUGCCUGGGGCGCCAAUGUUGGGCGCCCUGCGCCCCCAUUCACCACCCCAGCCCCCGGAGCCCGGCCUGCCCUGGUCGUCCUCCAGCCCUAGGUCGCCGCGGAUCUGGUGGGCUGGGACCCCCGUCUCCACCCCAGACACCCUAACUCGCCUCUGGCUGCUGGGGAGGGGUUUGCCCUUGUUGGGCAGAGGGUCCGAGGCCGGGCCUGGGAGCCACGUGGCUUGCCCUGUCCGCAGCGCCGUGGGGAAGACAUGCUUGCUGAUCAGCUACACGACCAACGCCUUCCCCGGAGAGUACAUCCCCACCGUUUUUGACAACUACUCGGCCAACGUGAUGGUGGACGGGAAGCCGGUCAACCUGGGGCUGUGGGACACGGCGGGGCAGGAGGACUAUGAUCGGCUGCGGCCACUUUCCUACCCCCAAACUGACGUCUUUCUGAUCUGCUUCUCCCUGGUGAGCCCGGCCUCCUUUGAGAACGUUCGUGCCAAGUGGUACCCGGAGGUGCGGCACCACUGCCCCCACACACCCAUCCUCCUGGUGGGCACCAAGCUGGACCUCCGCGACGACAAGGACACCAUUGAGCGGCUGCGGGACAAGAAGCUGGCGCCCAUCACCUACCCACAGGGCCUGGCCAUGGCCCGGGAGAUUGGUGGGCUCUGUGAAGUACCUGGAGUGCUCAGCCCUGACCCAGCGGGGCCUGAAGACAGUGUUUGACGAGGCAAUCCGCGCAGUGCUCUGCCCGCCCCCAGUGAAGAAGCCAGGGAAGAAGUGCACGGUCUUCUAGAGCCCUGGCACACCUGAGCCUGAGGGCUGGCGGGGAGCAGCCCUAGACGUGUCUGCUGUUGUGUCGAGACGUGUGGUGUCCCUGAGUCGGCUGUGGGGAGCGGUUAGGGUGGGCAGGGGGGAAGCAUGGGGAUGAGGCUGGGCGGCAGGAUCCUGUCCUCUCUGCUGCCUCAUUCUGGGGUGUGGCUCCAGCCUUCCCUGGCCCCCGCCGGAGGCCAGGAGGGAGCAGGGUCUCCCUCAGGGCUGCAGGGGCAGGUGCAGGUGCAGGGAAGCCCCAGGAUGGGCUUCCCUGGAGGGGGAGGGUGGGGGGGAGUUCUGUCCAUUGCGCCCCAAGGCGGGGCGGCCCCUUCUUAUUUUAUACAAUAAACAUUCUCCACCUAC